GAAGGCUCCUGCGUACGGAGGUGGGCGGUCCGUUCUUUCACUCUUAACACAGAGCCAUGUGGUUCAGACGGGGUUAUGAAGCGUCCCCGACUGAACUUGACGGAGCAAAGACACAAAUAGGGGCUGCGCGCGAUUCCAGGGGAAACAGACUCGGGACGAUUGAACGGCGACAGGACGCGGCCGGUAACAGUCUGUUGCACUUUAAAGGGGGAUAAACGAAACCGAAUAACGUUUUAUUUAUUUUAGUGUGUGUGUGUGUGUUUUGUGUACAUGUGCAAAACCAUCAAGUCUUGAACCGACCUGACGCACGAAGGCUUUCUUCGACAGAAAAAGCGGAGGACUUUUGCGAUUUGUAAUGGUGGAGCCAUUGAUACGUCUAUAAUCUUGAUAUUUGCCCAAUAAAUACACGUUCAGAAACAGGACUUGAACAACCAAACAAGCUUUUCACAUCACAAGUCAGUCAUAAAUAACUCCAAGUAUGUUCGAAGAGUCAUCUCAGGAGUUGAGAGAGCAGACUGCUGGAGUCACCACGGGGUUGCUGGGGUUAAAUGUGGCAGCUCCCAGUGGCACCAUGUCCUUCACAGACGAGGCUGUGUCCAUUCUUACCUCAAGUAGUUUGCUGGCACGGUCACUCCUUGGCCGAACAAUAUCAGUAAAGUGCAAAGAAACUGCUCCAGGAAAUUCCACCAUAAGACGGAAGCGGGAGUUCAUUCCUCACGAAAAGAAGGACGAGGGCUACUGGGACAAGCGCAAGAAAAACAACGAAGCUGCAAAGCGCUCGCGCGAGAAACGGCGAGUUAAUGAUAUGGUGCUGGAAAACCGAGUGCUUGCAUUGCUUGAGGAGAAUGCCAGACUGAGAGCGGAACUGCUCGCCCUUAAGUUCCGCUUCGGCCUGAUUAAAGAUCCUUCCAACGCUCCCAUUCUUCCACUCACGACAGGAACCUGCAUCCCACAGCCUUCGACAACACAUUACUACCUUCCACGUGGGGAUGGAACCCACCAUGCUGGUCCAACGAUCUCCCACCAGUCGCCUGCCCAGUGUGGAGCCCAAGCUGGGCGAGUUCUUAGAGACGCAAGCAGUAUGUCUGAAGAUUCAGGGUUCUCCACUCCUGGUGGGUCCAGCGUUGGAAGUCCUGUCUUCUUUGAGGACAGACUGAGUGACCAUGGCAAACUGUCACCACACCGAGCAGAUGAGCUUGGCUAUGAGUACCAUCACUCCCCAAAUACAGAUGGCGCCUUAGUAGUGGGACAUGUAACCGUGUCAUCCAGUCGGAUGGAGUCAGUGGAUGGUAUGAGGAGUCUCCCGCACAAACUUCGAUUCAAAUCUCCAGGCAGUGGCGAAGGUGACAAUCCUGGAGACCGACAAAGUCCUAUCCUGCCUGUAGGGAGCACUAGAGUACACGGCCUGUCUGGUGCAAGUGAAGUGUCAGGUUUCUGGCCACAACAGGAUGGAGAGGAAACCAGAAAAGUGAUGCCACAGCAGCACUGCAAUACCGCCAGCGGUUACAGCCACAACAUGAGUCCCAAUGAAUCGCAAUACCAUGUUGAGAACAAUAUGCUCAAAUCUCAGCUCAGCUCUCUCAGUGAGGAGGUGGCCCAGCUCAAAAAGCUCUUCUCCGAGCAGCUGCUCACCAAAACGAAUUGAAGGCAUUUGAAAACAGCCACAAUUAUAUCACAUUCCUUCUUCAGUUUAAUCCUGAUGGAAAGACAGAUGGAAAAAUCAACAUGUACAUUACUACCUCAUCACUGUGGUCAUAACCAAAUUGGGCCUAGACUAAGGUCUCACAAAACUCAAUAGAAAACCCAUAUUCAGGAAGAUGCAAGAAGUUUUCAAGAGCAUCCCAACUGUAUCAGAACACAUAUCACUGCAUUGUUGUAAAUGGCAACACCUCACCUCUAUUCCUCCUUUGCAUCAAACACUGUGAUCUUGCUCAGAAAUGCCUCAAGCUCCUGGAAAACCAUGUGUCUCUCAGAAAGCGUACAUCCUCCUUCAUAGCAUCAUUCCUCUAGUCUAUUAUGUGCCAACACUACUGUUACAUUUUUUUUAAAGACUUAUCAGAUAGCAAGAUGUGAUAUGUGGGCUGAUAGUCUUUACAAGUAAUGUUUCUUCUGCAGCUUAACAGAUUUGUAGAUUUGUUUGAUGCUCUUGGAUAAUUUUUUGCAACAUAUGCCGCAGAUUAACACAGAACAAGCAACACCAGGGACUGGCAGAUUCCUCGCAUCUGUUAACAUCAUAUGGUUUAUUCAAAGUGGCAGUUCUCCUUGUUAGAAAUAAUCUUGUAUAUUGUCACCACCAUGAACCAGUAGCAACUCACAUAAUGACAGUGAACGACUGCAUACUUUAUUUCCAUUCAGAUCACUGCCAUUGUCCAGACAAGAAUAAUAGCUAAAAGACAUACACUGUUAUUUGUGUUUUGAUGGUGAAAUCUCUGUUGUCUUGUGAGUUCUCAUGUAUUUGUACAGUAAAUAUGCAUACCGUUCGUGUGAAUAAAUCUUUGAACAGCAUUUGUUUGCCUCAGUUAU